CAUGCAAACCCCAUGGCCUGCGAAUUCGGAGAACAAUGCGAGCCAUCUCAAGCUUUCCAGGCUCCUUUGGGUCGCUCAGCCCCCACAGGGAAAGCGCUGCCAACUUUUCCAGUGGCGUCUUGGUGCUGGUGCCGGCUUUUCGUUCCAUACAACAUCACAAAUCCGACAACAGCACCAAGGCCCCCUCUGGAACGGCGGCCCCCGUGGGCGAGAGUCUUCCCUCUGCUGUCCCUCCUCGCCCGAGAGCGCCCGCCAGGUUCGCUUCUCGCUUGCGCUUUUUGCUUCCUGCUCUCUCUCCUGCCUGCUGCGCGCGCCGAUCCCGCCGUGCCCCGCGAGCUGGCCGCGGUCAGCCGGUGCCGCGCGAGGCGGGCCCGGGAGGCGCAGGCCCCCACGGGCGGGCGGGCAUCGGAGCAGAGCGGCCGAGGUCGCAGCACGGCAUGGACGAGGUGGCGGCUGCCUGGUGCCAGGAGCCCGCCGCGCUCUCCGACAGCCUGAUCCGGGGCCUCAGCUCCCCCGCAAGUCUGCGACACGUCUGCCUGUCCCUGCGGCGCAGUGAGGCCCGGAGGCUGCCCGGCGGCGCCUGCUGCCUGUGCGGCCGCUCGGGCCCGGGCAGGUGUGCCGUGGAGGCCGCUGGGCGGCCCUGCGCGCUGCUGAGCCACUGCGGCGCGUGCGGGCGGUGCAAUCGCAGCCGCGCCGCGGCGGCGGCCGCCGCGCCGUGCGCCGGGGCUCUCGCCGCCUGCCGCAGACGUCGGGUCUGAGGAGCGAGGAGGGGUGCUCCGCGGACGACGUGCGUGUGCGCCGUGCUGUCUCUCCGCCCGCCCGCGCCCUGUCUCCCCAAUUAGGGCUUCGCGCGCCCCGCCUAGCUCUUAACCGGAAUGGCGACGGCGAGUGGACGCCCCCAUCUUGGCCGCCCUCCGUGCGCUGGCCCUCCCGCCCCGCGCGCCGGGGCUCACUCGGAGGGUGACGGCGGGCGCAGGGCUCGCGUGCCAGCGCUCUAGGGCGCGGCGGCGAGCUGGCAGCCCAGGAGGUGAGGGGAGGAGGGCGAUGAGGAUGGAUCGGCUGCUUCCGGGGCGACAAGUAGGGCCGCAACCAGCCGCGGUGGGCGCGCGCGCGGGGGGUGCGGGGUGCGACGGACCAGCGGUUGCGCCAGCGCUGGCGCCAC